AUGCAGCGGAAGUGUAGAUCGCGAAUAUGGAUGUUUCUUGGUGUGCUAUGUAUGCUUGCUGUUUCCGUAACAGCUCAACGAGACCGAAGUGAACCAUUGGUCGCCCUCCAGGGGCGCCAUGUUCAGGAAUCAUUACAAGAACUCUCUACUCCCGAAGCCGCCGAGGGAUCCGAUCCUCAAAAAAUACAGGCGGAGGCCCUCGUCCACGAAGCUCUAACCAUCCUCCGAACCCUCGACCCGACCCCCAUACGAUCGCAAGUAGGGACGACCGAAGCAUCACGAUUGAAUCUCUACGGGAAGGUGUUAUAUUAUGCGAAGAAGGCAGCGACAAUAAUCUUGGUGCACAACCCGGCGUCUCUAGAGGAGCCCGUCGAUGCCCCGCCAAAGCAAGCUGCACCAGUGGGCGGGACAGGGUUAUUCGGGAAAAAGUUAAGGGCUGCAGUUGAAAAGUUGGAGGCUGCAAGGGAAAUCGGGAAAAAUGAAGAUGCGAUGUACUUGUUGGCGCAAAUGAACUUCUACGGAAAUUGGUCGCAUCCUAGGAACUAUCCGCUUGCCUUUACAAGAUAUAAGGAGCUUGCAGACUUGACUGGAAACGCGACAGCCCAAAGCGUAGUUGGUUUCAUGUAUGCUACUGGCAUCGGUGGUUCUGUCGAGAGAGACCAAGCAAAGGCUCUACUAUACCACACAUUUGCCGCCUUAAACGGUGAUAGCCGCUCGGAAAUGACAGUAGCUUUUCGCCAUCACAUGGGUAUAGGAACCCCACGUCACUGUAACGAUGCUUCUUUCUAUUACAAGCAGGUUGCCGAUAAAGCGAUUGAUUACUGGAGGUCUGGCCCGCCGGGAGGCCACAGGCUGAUCAAGAAUGCCUAUAGACUUGCAGAUGAUGAAGGUGGUGUUUACGGCGAGGGCGCUUCAGUAAUAUCGUCCGGUAUGAACGCGCUACGUCGGGGAGCUACCGCAAAUGACUCCGGGAGAGAUUUAGAUGACAUCCUUGAAUAUUUAGAUCUUAUGGCACGAAAAGGGGAUUUGUCCGCCACAUUUACUCUGGCAAAAUUGUAUUAUGAUGGAUCAAGGAAUCUCCCGAGGGAUGUUAGGAAGGCAAAGAGAUACUUUACAAAUAUCGCAAAGCAAUACUGGACUCGUGAUGAUAAAACGAUUUCUGGAGGACCGCCAGGACUGGAAAGGCUUGCUGGAAAGGCGGCAGGAUACAUUGGGAAAAUGUACCUGAGGGGAGAAGGAGUUACACAGGACUUUACGCAGGCAGCGGAAUGGUUUGAUAGAGGAAUCAAGACGGGCGAUGCAAGUUCACAGAAUGGCCUGGGGUACAUGUACCUCCAUGGCUAUGGCCUAAAGAUAAACCGUCAAAAGGCAGCUGAUUUUUUCCAGGAGGCUGCUGAGCAGGACCUUCCUCAAGCACAGGUUAAUCUUGGUAAACUCUUCCUCGAACAAAAUGAGCUGGAGAUUGCAAAGCGCUAUUUCGAGCUCGCGGCACGCCACGGAACGCUGGAAUCAUUCUACUAUCUUGCUGAGAUUUACAAUGCUGGACUCGGAGUAGAGCGUUCUUGCCUGAUGGCGACUGCUUAUUACAAAGUCGUUGCUGAGAGAGUUGAGGAUAUGCAUAGUCCUAUGGCAUGGGCGAAUAAAGCAUAUCAUGAUGGCGACAGAGAAAGCGCAUUGAUUGGCUAUAUGAUGGCCGCUGAGCAAGGCUACGAGGUUGGACAAGCCAAUGUUGCAUAUCUCCUUGAUGAAGAAAAGUCAAGACUACCAUUGAGGCAAUUGCUGGGUCCUGAGGAGCCGAAGAAUCCUAGAAACCAGGAGCUAGCAUUGAUAUAUUGGACUAGAUCAGCGAAGCAGCAAAACACUGAUUCACUUGUAAAGAUGGGAGACUAUUAUCUAGCUGGUAUUGGGACUGAAAUGGACUACGAGAAGGCUGCGCAAUGUUAUCAGGCUGCCAGCGAACUGCAGGCCUCUGCACAAGCUUUGUGGAACCUUGGAUGGAUGCACGAAAACGGCAUUGGAGUCGAACAGGAUUUCCAUCUAGCCAAGAGAUACUACGACCAUGCGCUGGAAACAAACCAGGAGGCAUAUCUACCGGUUACCCUGAGUCUGCUCAAGUUGAGGGUUAGAAGCUUUUGGAAUACGAUAACUGGGGGCACUAUCAACGCCAUUGGCGCAGACCCGGAUCCAAAACCAAAACAACGUCCCACUCUCAGCGAAUUCCUCAAGAAAUGGUAUGAGGCCACUCCCGAUGAUUACGGUGACCCAGAAGAUAUCUAUGGUGGCAACAACGCUGGAGAUGAUACACUUGACACCCACGUCCCUGGUGAUGAAUUUUACGGCGAAUUUGACGAGGAUCUUAUCGAGAGCGUUAUCAUUCUGGUACUUGCUGCCGCUGUGGCAAUAUUGGUGUAUUAUAGGCAGCUACGCCAACAAAACUUGGCGAGACGGCAGCAACAACAGCAGCAGGCACAGCAAGCAGGUGUCAUGCCAGGUGGUGCACCAGGAGCGGGAUUCCCGCAGCCACCGGGAGCCCCUGGAUUUGGUGCUUGGGGAAUACCGCAUUAA